CAGUUGCCUCUGGAAUUCGUGAUGUACGGUCGUCUUGUUGUCUAUGGAAUUCGCAUUCGUCUUACGGAAUUGUAACUUCGUACAAGUUUCUGUGAGCGUAAGGGACAUUGAUAAGGGUUUUAGUGACUUGUGUUUUUAAUUUUUGAAGUGUGUAUGUGAUGUGGAUGUGUGAUUACUUGUGAUUUAUGCCCGAAAAAUAGUUUUUACGUGGAUGAUUAUCAGACAAUGCAUCGAACGCAGUUAUAUACCGAAUGGAUGAGACGGGGCUAGCAUGGCGCUGGUAAAUCAGAGAGAGAUGCCCGCUCUCAUCGUUGGUCGCUUGAAGAUAAGUGUCGUCAUCAUCAUUGUGACGCUCCUGGGACUUAAUAAAAGCCAAGGGACAGCUCAUUAUGGGGAGGACAGCGUGGGAUCAUUUCCAUACUUUGAGUACAACGUGCCUCGGAAUGUUACUACUGUGGUCGGCCAGACUGCCUUCCUGCACUGCAGAGUUGAACAGUUAGGAGACAAGGCUGUAUCCUGGAUAAGAAAGAGGGAUUUACAUAUUUUAACAGCGGGCAUACUGACAUACACUUCGGAUCAAAGGUUUCAGGUAAUCAGACCAGACAAGUCAGAAAAUUGGACGCUUCAAAUUAAGUUUCCACAAGAACGGGACGCGGGUAUUUACGAGUGUCAAGUCAAUACUGAGCCGAAGAUGUCGCUAGCUUUCCAAUUGAAUGUAGUAGAAGCCAAGGCGCAUAUCCCGGGUCCGGCUGACCUAUACGUGAAGACUGGCAGUUCACUAUCACUGACGUGCAUUUUGAGCCAGGGUCCUCAUGAUCUUGGUACCAUAUUUUGGUAUAAGGGAUCAAAAUUAAUAGAAUAUAAGGAAGUGGAGGCGAAUGAAAUAGUGAAACAGCCUCGGAUUCGACUCAAAACAGAAUGGACUGAGCAGCUGACUUCUAGGCUGACAAUCAGUAAACUGCUACCAACGGACAGCGGGAACUACAGCUGCGUACCAACAAUGGCUGAAGCAGCUUCUGUUAAUGUUCACGUUAUAAAUGGCGAGCAUCCAGCCGCAAUGCAGCACGGCAACGCGAACACCGCAUCACCCUGUGCACUGUCGGUUAACCUCCUUAUAUCCCUAUACUGCACCUUAGCAACCCUUUACACCAGCACUGUGGACGGAUUCAGAUGAAAAUUACAAAAGUUGUCUUCGUACGAAGAAUAGUGGGAUAAAUUUCAUUGAAAUGUCGAACGUAGAUUUAAGUAUUGUAUAAAUGUAACUAAUUUUAUCGUAGGUUUUACAAUCUAUUGGUACGAUGUACAUUUUUGUAUGGUUGUUUGUUUUCUUGUGAACAUAAAGACUUCUAGCAUUCAUUAAAGCGAGAGUGUUGACCACGUUAUAUGAUAAAGUAUUGAUAAUAGUAACAGGCAAUGAUUAGAUAAAUAUUAACGACACACUAUUUAUAAAGCUUUUUGUUCUCUUUCAAUGGUUUGCCUGGGUUAUUUAUUAUUGGGAUUAUUGUUAUAUCUCUGCUACUUCUGAUUAUCUGUUCUAUAUUUGAAACUUCUUCUGAUAAUUACUUAUUCUGUUAUACAAGCCUAAACGUUUUUUUUUCUUUUUCUUUAAUACACUCGUAUCUUUACUGAUUGUCUCAAUCAAAACUACAAAAAAGCUCAAGCUAUGCAUUUCUAACUCACUAAUUAGAUUAAUUUACUAAGGUUUACGUCAUAAAUUUCAUCUUCCUGCAUUCGAGACAUAUAAUAACGCGGGAUAGCUUUUAAUAAUGUUGAUAAAUAAUUCUAGAACCUUCGAAUUCUAUCGCAAUUUAAAAGUGAAAAAUAGAACACACUAUCUCUAAUAUUAAUCAAUAAAAAAAGAACUUAUUUCGAAUAUCGAAUAGGACAUACUAUUUGAUACAUGCCAUAAAUAAAAAAAUAAAUUCCGAUGAAGAUACAAAUGGGAGCGAAUUUCAGUACAAUGAAAAUAUCGUGGAUUAUUUAUUGUAACUUCUGUUUGAAUGUUUUUGUUUGUCGGUAUUUUCAUUCCGUUGCUAGUAUUUGUCCAUAACUGAAAUAAAUAAUAAUUUGAAGCGUAUAUUAUCAGAAUGGGCGACAGUCGUUACUAUUUUAUGGAAUGAAAUUCUGUAUACAUUAAAAAGAAGUAAUGUAUGAAAGUAAUUAAGAUAGCUCACUUGGAAUUACAUUUUAAGUUAUAUUCGUUACAAAAUCUCAUCAAAAUUGGUCAUAUUCAAACGCAGAAAAUAAGCAUACAACAGAUAAAGAAAACGACGGGUAACUUCUAAAUUUAAUAUGUACAUUUUUCUGAGGGUUAAUUAUAACUUGAAUCGGGGAAAUCUUAAUUCGGCUUAACGUUAACUUGAGGCAAGGUAGUUUGUUAUGCAAUAAAACUUGGUAAUCCCCAAUCGAUAAUUAAUUUUAGUUCGCGCGAAGUUCGAUUUUAAUUAACAUUGAUGUCGUAAUCUUUUAACGUGAUAUGAGUCGUAUGAGUUUAUUAUUAGAAGUAUGUAUUAUAUAUUAGGAAAUAGAUUUAUGAACAGUGAUAACCAGACCUCGUUUUCUCACAGAAAAAUAUCACCUAGCUGCGCCCCGUGGUUUCACCCGCGUAACUCAGUAUCCCUUAGGAAUAUCGGGAUGAAAAGAUGCCUAUAUGUUAUUCCAGUUGUCCAGCUAUCUACGUACCAAAUUUCAUUGCAAUCGGUUCAAUAGUUUUUGCGUGAAAGAGCAACAAACACACACACACACAUCCUUACAAACUUUGGCAUUUAUAAUAUUAGUAGGAUAGUAGGACGUUAGAAUUAUACAAGAAGCAUUAGAGGUUACUUUACAAUAAUUGUUAUUUAAGCACUACAAAAUCUUCUGGCUUACUUAAACU